UUGUUCAGUUCUACAAAAAGGUACCCUGAACAAAUCAGGGCUUCUUACUUCUCCCAAAGUAAUUUCACUUCUAAAAGUAAACUUGUUAUACAGAUAAAGAGGCCUUCUUGUAUUAAUAAUGACAUUAUAUAUGUGCAACCUGUAGAAAAUAAUAAAAAACGAUCAAUAUUCCGAAAAUAAUUUCAUGCAAAAUAACCGCGUUAAUAAUGUGAACGAAAAUUUUACGUAUAGUAGAGAUAGGAAUCCGACAGAGGGAAUCACGUGUGACUCAUCACAUGAUAAAUAUAUAUGUCGUAGGCAGAUAGCAUAAUCCGGCAGUUAGCAAACUGCCUAGGCAGUUGGCCAAGCGCGGGCAGUUUGCAAAGUGACUGUUUUAAAAUGAAUUAGAUUAGUCAUUUGGCAAACUGCCUAGGCAGUUUGCUUACUGCCCAAGACGUUUCAGGCAGUUAGAAAAUUUUCAUUAUAAGUGUCAAUUUCUGAUUCUAAUUUCACUUUUUAUACAAGUAGAAAAUAAACAAAUGUAACAUUUCUAUAAGUUUUGUUUGAAUUUCCUGAAAAUAAUAUUGUUGUUCUUUCCAAUAAUAUAAAUAAGGCAUUAAUUAAUUGAAAAGAAGUGAAUGCAGUUCAUGAAAUAGAUUUUGAAGAGAAAUUAAAAUUACUUUUUAAAAGCCAACACGGUAGUAGAUCGAUGUGGGAUAAGGAGAAAGUUGAUAGUGUAAAAAAAAUAUUGCAACAAAAUGUGACGAAUUGUGAAAACUUAACAGCUUUGUACCAGUAUUCAAAAAGAUAUGAACUUUUACAAGUCGGAGGUGUAUGCAACAUCAUUUUAAAAUGGAAAAAUGAUUCUGAUCUUUUUGUACAUGUUUUUCCUAUAGAGGCAUAUUAUUCUAAAUUGUUAGAAGCUCACAUUCAGACUGGUCACGGAGGUCGUGAUAAGAUGCUGUAUUUUUGAAAAAUAAGUGCAACAUCCCAAGAUCUGCUUGCGAACUUUUUCUAACUUGUUGUCAAACGUGUGACAGGAAAAAAUCAGUGCAAAGAAAAAACAUUGUAGUAAAGCCAAUCGUGUCCUGAUGGCGAGUUUAAAUGGCUCUUAAACUAUCAGGAUCACGCAACUAAAUUUUUACAUUUACGACCUUUAACAACAAAACAUGCUGCAAAUGUUGCUGACGAACUUAGUAAAAUAUUUUUUACUUUUGGUGCUCCGACUAUUUUACAAAGCGAUAACGGAAGGGAGUUUGUUGCUGCAAUUAUUGAACAAUUAAUAUCAAUUUGUCCACACUGUAAAAUAGUGCAUGGACGUCCACGACAUCCUCAGUCUCAAGGAAGCGUUGAGCGAGCGAACGCUGAUGUUGAGAACAUGCUGAAAGCGUGGAUGGUCGAUAAUAAAUCGAAUAAUUGGUCUCGUGGGUGUUAUGAAGUGCAGUGGCAGAAGAACUCUUCAAAGCACAGAGUACUUAAUAGGUCGCCGUAUGAAGCUGUAUUUGGAACACGCAAAUUUGAUUUAAAUAAUACUGGCUUGCCAGAAAAUAUUUUAGAAAAUUUAAGGACUGAAGAAGAAAUCUUCUUUCACAAAUGGGGCAAACCCAAGAGAAAGAAGAUAGUCAAUUUAAUAUAAAUCAUCCCUUUCCUCAAACUUCUUCAGAAACUUCUGUUUUAAUGGAAAUUGAGCAAGUUCAACAGGAAUUAUGCACAUUCUGCGAAAAGCUUCUGGAACUGAAUUGUGUUAUUCGUUUCGAAAAAUGCAAUGUUAAAAUGCAUGACAAAUGUGGAGAGUUAGACUUGAACACAGAAGCUAACAUAAUUUGUCCAUUAUGUGCUAGAGGGAAUUCCUUGAUCAAUAUACAGAACGAUUGUUAUGAAAGGCAAAAAAGGAGAGCGGAAAAGAUGGUUACGUUUUCGGCGGAAAAUUUCCAACCACUAAUUAUUGGAGAUAGUGUUUCUCUUUCAGUUCCUAAUGUAGACCGUGGACCUUUCGAUUUUAACAACAUUUUAGGAAUAGUGACUGUCAUCCAAAACGGAGUCUAUAAAAUAGGGACACAAGAGGGAAUCAUAAAUGGAUGGUUUCCUCGAUGCGAUAUUCAAAAGACUGGGUCUCAAAUAAUUAGUUUAAGUAAUGUUAAUAAUGACAACCACAUUUCCUUGAGAGAAGCUGCUUCUAUGCAGUCAAUAAGUGGUGGUCAGGGCAUAAAAAAAUGUAAUUGUAAAGCUGCAAAAAAUCAGUGCAAAAGUAAUCGUUGUUCUUGUUUUAAAUAAAAUAUAUUGUGUGGUUCUAGGUGUCAUAAGUCAGGGAAUUGCUGCAACAAGUAAAUUGAAUUUUUCAAUUACAUUGUUCAAAAUUAUAAAGAAUAAAAGAAUGAAAAUUUUCUAACUGCCUGAAACGUCUUGGGCAGUAAGCAAACUGCCUAGGCAG